AUGACUAUGACACUCGACCACCAACAACAACGAUACGGUGCCAUAAACUUUGACCACAUGUCUUCCUACCACACCCCUCACUUUACAAAUCCCUGGGCUGCGGCCUCGUCGCCGCCCAAUGCCGGUCAGGGCAUGUAUCAGCAGCCCUUGACCUCCGGUCUCGACAUUCUAGCAAAGCAGCACCCUAGUCGGACGAGCGCACCUACUAGCUCAAUGGCUUCCUUUGGAACCAUUCCGGUGACUGCAUCUUCAGCAGGUAGCACUCUCAUGGCUAAUGUCUAUGGACAACAAGACUUACUCAAUAUGCCACAAGAUCUCCUCAGCCUGAACCGGUUACAACCUACGUCUGCCGCAUAUGGCGAGCCCUCGUAUGCAACUGCGACAAGCGCACCUUCGGUACACUCGAGCUACACUGCCUCGCCGCCGUCGUUUGACCACGGCUUACCUGGUUAUGCGACCGCACCGGUUCGCUCAACAUUUGCCCUGGCACCGGAGGCCGACCAUAGAAGGUAUUCUCAAUCAUCCAUUCCUUCAUCAGUUUCAUCGUCCGACUUCGGCACCGACGAAGGCCUUCACUCCUCCAGGAACUCGAUAGUUGACUUCAAUCAUAGAGGAAUCCCGCAGGACGACCGUCGCAGCUUUGCAGAUGCGCUGGACGCUGGACACGGGAUGCUCGCCAUGAGCCAGGAGACACCUAGAGCCAUCUACCCACCUUCGAAUUCCCGCGCCCGAGGAUCCACCGACUCGUAUGGGUUCCCGCCAGCACACUCGACUACCUCUUCAAUCUCUUCAGCCAGUAAUUACGGCAGCGGCAGCUAUUACGGAGGAUCAAUUGACUCGUCCGUAAGCGACUACUCGACAGGCGGGUCCGAUAUCGAGUCGGUAACGUCAAGAACGUUACCUCGCCCGACCAACUUGAUGACCCACCCCCCGCCGGCGCCUCAGUCCAUGAUGGGACAGUUUAGCUCCAAGGUGUCUUCAAGCACUCAAAAGAAGCACAAGUGCAAGGUCUGUGACAAGAGGUUCACAAGACCCAGUUCUUUGCAAACACACAUGUACAGCCAUACUGGCGAAAAACCGUUUUGCUGUGAAGUCGAGGGAUGUGGCAGACACUUCUCAGUUGUAUCAAAUCUUCGAAGACACCGGAAGGUUCACAAGAAUGAUGCCAAAUCAGAGGCCGGCUCAGAAGACCGUCACGAUGACUCGGAAUAG